AUAAUAUUCUCGCACAAAAACCCCUUAAUAUUUAACUUUUUAUAAGUUAAAAAUGAAUAUUAUUUGAUAAUAAUGAGUGCUGAUAAAGGCAAAGGGCCGAUUAUCGACCCUGGCUUGUGUCGGUGCUGCGGCUCGUUGAAGCGAUGCCGUUUGCUGAACGUCGAAUAUCAGUGCAUGGGUCAGAAGGAAGUCUAUUCUGAUAUGAUAAUGGAUUGCUUUGGACUAUUGAUGUCACAUUUAGAUGACAAGCCAUCAGCUCGGCUGGUGUGCGCAACAUGCGUGGCUCGUCUACGCGAGGCUGCUGCGUUCCGAGCACAGGUGCUUCGCUGCGAGGCCGCGUUCCUACAGCUAAGGAUGUGCGAGACAGAGGCUGCAGACAAGCAAGCGCGUCUAGACGCGUCGGCCAUGUUAGAGGUGGAGAUUAAGCCGGAGCCGCCCGACGAGCCCCCGGAGCCCCCGGGCUCCCCGCCCGGCGACCCCGACGACCUUGACGACCGGGAUGACCUUGAUCUUAAGGAGCAUAUGGAUGAAACGGAGGAACCGGAGCGCGUGCAAUGUCAGUCUCCAGCUGACUCAGAUGACAUGCCGUUGAAGCGGCGCAAGAAACGCGCGGGAAACGGCCGACUACCGCCCGUCGAACAACCACCCGCCCUCCCCAUGUCCAAAGUCCAGCAGCUGAUGCGUGAACGCGACCCAUCCUACAUGAUCGACACCAAUGUCGUCACCGUCGUGGAGAACUCCUACAUCUGCCCGUUCAAGUGUCGACACAACCACCUCCUCUGCUACUACUGCGGGGCAAACUUCUCCGACCCGACCGCUCUCCGGCACCACACAACAUCCGAACACCAUCCGAAGAAAUUCAAAGUUAUCGAACACAAGAAGAUGAUCAAAAUGGAUUUAACAAGAAUAGACUGUCGGUUGUGUAGUGAGAGAAUUUGUGAUCUAGAAGAAUUCAAGCGGCAUAUAACGACAGUGCAUAAUAAGAAAUACUAUUUUAACGCGAAAGAUUUAAUCUUACCGUUUAGAUUGACUGUGAACGAGCAGCAGUGCGCGUUGUGUGACGAAGUGUUUCCGUAUUUCCACGCUUUGAACAAGCAUAUGAACAAGCAUUUCAGUAACUACGUGUGUGAGACGUGCGGGCUGGGGUUCGUGGAUAAGGGGAGGUUCGUGAUGCAUCAGCAGCGCCAUGAGGAGGGGGACUUUCCUUGUGAGACCUGCGGGAAGAUAUUUAAGGCCCAGUACAAUAGGGACCUCCACAUCGACCGAGUUCACAACAAGCGUGGCCGCGUAUUCUGCCCCAAAUGCGACGUGAAACUGAUGUCGUACACGCAGAAACUGAAGCACUUAGUGGAGGUGCACGGUGACGCACCCCUGUCGUUCCCCUGCAGCUUGUGCGAGCGCGUGUUUGGCACCAGGAGGACGCUCACCAUACAUAGGAGGAAGGACCAUUUGAAAGACUACAGAUACGAGUGCCAAUUCUGCGGCCAAAAGUUCUUCACCCGUUUCGCUCUCAACAACCACAUGCCGACACACACGCGGGAACGAAACUUCAAGUGUAAAGUAUGUGAGAAAACUUACCCCAGACUCAAGACGCUUAAGGACCACAUGCGGAUACAUACGAAUGACAGGAGGUAUAGGUGCCAUGUGUGUGGACAGGCCUUUAUACAGAACUGUAGUCUCAAGGGGCAUAUGAAGAGCCAGCAUUCGGAAUUUGGGUGAACUAUGGUUUUAUAAUUUGUAUGUAUGUAUGUAACUCUUUAUUGUACAAAACACCAAUUUAUUUGUCAAACCAAUGGGAUUGGCCGGUCGAAGUAUUUAGCAUAGCUUGCCCUGUAAAUCCCUAGAAUUGUGUCAUUUUUUAAUGGAAAUUUAUGCCCUGGAUGCCAGUCCUUUAAGCCAAAUCUCAUAGAAAAAGGGGCAAGCUAUGAUGGCGCCAUCUGUUUAACCUUUGACAGUUGCCAACCCCAUUUUCAGUGGGGUUCAACUUCAAGUGUAAAGUUUCUGAGAAAACUUACCCCAGACUCAAGACGCUUAAAGGACCACAUGCGGAUACAUACCAAUGACAGGAGGUACAGGUGCCAUGUGUGUGGACAGGCCUUUAUACAGAACUGUAGUCUCAAGGGGCAUAUGAAGAGCCAGCAUUCGGAAUUUGGGUGAACUUGUUAGGGUUCCGUACUCAAAGGGUAAAAACCCUAUUACCUACUAAGACUUCGCUGUCUGUCUGUUUGUCACCAGUCUUUAUCUCAUGAACCGUGAUAGCUAGGCAGUUAAAAAUUUCACAAAUGAUGCAUUUCUGUUGGCGCUAUAACUACGUUUUUAUAAUUUGUAUGUAUGUAACUCGUUAUUGUACGAAACACCAAUUUAUUUAUUUAUUUGUCAAACCAAUGGGGUUAGCCGGUCGAAGUAUUUAGCAUAGCUUGCCCUCUAAAUCCCUAGAAUUGUGUCAAUUUUUUUAAUGGAAUUUUAUGCCCUGGAUGCCAGCUCUUUAAGCUAAAUCACAUAGAAAAAGGGGCAAGCUAUGAUGGCGCCAUCUAUUUAACCUUUGACAGUUGCCAACCACAUUUUCAGUGGGGUUCAACUUCAAGUGUAAAGUUUGUGAGAAAACUUACCCCAGACUCAAGACGCUUAAGGACCACAUGCGGAUACAUACGAAUGACAGGAGGUAUAGGUGCCAUGUGUGUGGACAGGCCUUUAUACAGAACUGUAGUCUCAAGGGGCAUAUGAAGAGCCAGCAUUCUGAAUUUGGGUGAACUAUGGUUUUAUAAUUUGUAUGUAUGUAUGUAACUCUUACACCAAUAAACACCAAUUUAUUUAUUUAUUUGUGAAACCAAUGGGGUUGGCCGGUCGAAGUAUUUAGCAUAGCUUGCCCUAUAAAUCCCUAGAAUUGUGUCAAUUUUUUUUAUGGAAUUUUAUGCCCGGUUGCCAGCCCUUUUAGCCAAAUCUCAUAGAAAAAGGGGCAAGCUAUGAUGGCGCCAUCUGUUUAACCUUUGACAGUUGCCAACCCCAUUUUCAGUGGGGUUCAACUUCAAGUGUAAAGUUUCUGAGAAAACUUACCCCAGACUCAAGACGCUUAAGGACCACAUGCGGAUACAUACGAAUGACAGGAGGUAUAGAUGCCAUGUGUGUGGACAGGCCUUUAUACAGAACUGCAGUCUCAAGGGGCAUAUGAAGAGCCAGCAUUCGGAAUUUGGGUGAACUAUGGUUUUAUAAGUCUAACCAAUUUUGUAGAUAGAAUGAGGCGGCAAAUUGGUAUCGUCUUGGGUCGUCCCAUUCGUUUUUCGUCAAGUUCUUAAAUUAGUCCUAUUCUGCUUUCGUCACUCAUUCUACAUUCAUCACAAUCGUCGGUAGCUUUCAAUGUAGAAUGAGUGACGAAAGCAGAAUAGGACUAAUUUAAGAACUUGACGGAAAACGAAUGGGACGACCCAAGACGAUACCGGCAAAUUUUGAAAGGUCAUAUGGCGUUCUAAAAGACGGCAGUAAAUUUACUUUGACUACAAAAUUUACUAUGACAAUAAGCCUCUAUACCUCAAUUCUCUUUUGUGUAAGUAACUUUACAUAUGUAAAUAUUUUAUUAAUGUAAAAUAUGAUUUUUGUUUGUAGAUAUGUCUUGAAUCAAUCUAUCAAAAGAAAUGGCUCUGAAUUCAGUUGUUAUUUUUAUUCAUUUCAUUUUGUAAACGCUAAACGUAAGUACCGGACCGUAAUCUUGGUGUGGUGGACUCUUUCUCGCUCUUACUUAUAGCUGCGUCCUCUCACUCAAUCGAACAGGCCUCGAACCGGACCAAGGUUGCGGUUCGUUACGACCGUCUGUUACAGCUCGUACCCACGUCGCCAUACUAUAGUUCGUUAUUUUAGCAUUAGAAAUAAGGUAAACAAUCUUGAUGUGUCUUUUAAUUGAAAAACACAUUUUAAAAAUAAGUCACGGCAAAUAUGUAACAAUUAUGAAUCUAAUACGAUCAUUUAUAUUCUUCUGCUUUCAUAAGUAAUAGUUUUUUAUUUUUAAAAAGAGUUUUUCAAUUAAAGACAUGUCAAGAUCGCUUACCUUCUUGCAAGUUCUUUCUAAUGCUAAAAAAACGAACUAUUGCUGUAUAGAAAAAUGGAUAUUUAUGUUACACGAACUAUACGGUCAGCAAAACUAUUCGCUUAGCCCUGCAUUUUAUGUGUAAAUAUGUACAUACGUACAAAAUUUGUAGAUUUUUUUGUCAA